AUAUCAACGUGGUCCUGCGAAAAUUGGUUUGCCUUCUAAAGCCCGAUAAAGAGAUCAUCCACACAGGAGACCACAUGGUCAUCCGCACCAUCACCUCCCUGCGGGACUAUGUUAUGGACUUUGACGUGGGAGUCCAGUUUGAGGAAGACCUGGGACCCGUGGAUGGACGCAAGUGCCAGACAACUGUCUCCUGGGAGGGAGAUCAGCUGGUGUGUGAGCAGCUAGGAGAGAAGAAGAAUCGAGGCUGGAGGCACUGGUUGGAGGGGGACCAGCUGCAUCUGCGCAUGACUGCCGAAGACGAAGUUUGUGUCCAGGUUUUCCAGAAGGUGAAGUGA